CCGGCGGCGGGGUCAGGCGGUGCCGGAGGGGAUGGCGGCGGCGGGCACGGCCGCUUGGACGUGGCUCUUGCGGUCUCCCACCGCCACGGAGCUGCUGCUGGUGGCCCUGUGCUGGCUGGGCUGUUACUGGCUGCUGCGGCGAUGGCGAGCACCGCCGGGGUUGCCGCCGGGCCCGGCGCCCUGGCCUCUGGUGGGCAACUUCGCCUUCGCCCUCCUGCCGCCGCCGUUAAUGAAGAGGUGGGCGAAGGACGUGUGGGGCGGCGGCCGCGGCUCCCCCGCCGUCUCCCCUCACGUUUUCCUCACCAGCCUCACCAAGAUGUACGGCAGCGUCUUCCGGCUCUUCGUGGGCAGCCGCCCCUUAAUCGUCCUCAACACCUUCGGGGCGGUGCGGGAGGCGCUGGUGCAGAAGGCGGAGGUCUUCAGCGACCGCCCCACCGUCCCCAUCGUCCUUAUGAUCACCCACAAGAAGGGUGUUAUUUUUGCACCUUACGGCCCCGUCUGGAAGCAACAGAGAAAAUUCUCUCUGGCAACACUGCGUCACUUCGGGGUGGGAAGACACAGCUUAGAGCCUAAAAUCAUUGAGGAGCUGAAGUUUAUAAAGGAGGAAAUGCUGAAGCACGGGAAGGAUUCUUUUAAUCCCUUCCCCAUCAUCCGCAAUGCAGUCUCCAAUGUCAUCUGCUCCAUGGCCUUCGGCAGGCGUUUCAACUACGAGGACGAUGAGUUCAAGACGAUGCUGAAGAACAUGGCCCGGGCACUGGAGCUGAGUGUGAACAGCUCCAUGAUGCUGGUCAAUAUCUGCCCUUGGCUCUAUUACCUUCCCUUUGGGCCUUUCUGGGAGCUUAGGAAAACAGAAUUAGAUAUUACUGCUUUUCUGAAGAAAAUCAUCGCGCAGCACCGGGAUACGCUGGAUGCAGCAAAUCCCAGGGACUUCAUUGAUAUGUACUUCAUCCAUGCAGAAGAAGAAAAGAACAAGGAGAGCAGUUUUAAUGAAGAUUAUCUCUUUUUUAUCAUCGGUGACCUCUUCAUUGCAGGCACAGACACUACUUCCAAUACACUCCUGUGGUGCCUGCUCUACAUGUCUCUCUACCCAGAAAUCCAAGAGAAGGUUCAUGCAGAAAUUGAAACAGUUCUAGGACGUGACAAAGUGCCCUCCCUGGCCCACAAGGCUCUAAUGCCUUUCACAGAAGCAACCAUUCUGGAAGUGCAGAGGAUGACUGCAGUUGUUCCCCUCUCUAUUCCUCGGAUGGCCUCAGAAACUGCUGUGCUGCAGGGAUACACUAUUCCUAAGGGCAGUGUGAUUGUUCCCAACCUGUGGUCAGUGCACAGAGAUCCCAACCUUUGGGAGAAACCUGAUGAAUUUCAGCCAUCAAGAUUUCUGGAUGAAAAUGGCCAGCUAAUUAAGAAAGAGGCAUUCAUUCCUUUUGGAAUGGGCAAACGUGUGUGCAUGGGAGAGCAGCUGGCAAAAAUGGAGCUGUUCUUAAUUUUUGCAAGUCUAAUGCAAAGUUUUACCUUCUUGUAUCCUGAAAAUGCUGCAAAACCAUCCAUGGAGGGAAGGUUUGGUCUAACUUUAGCUCCGUGUCCAUUUGAUAUAAUAGCUUUGAAGAAAUAAUAGGACAUUAAAAAAAAAAAAAAGAUGAAACAAAGAAAUACUGCACUUUUUAAAUCCAGCUGUAUUUUGUUUCCAGCUUAUUUUGUUACUUUCUUUCCAGAAAAAACACCAACUGCAUAGGCUUUCUUAGUGAGAAUGAUCCAUUUACUCUUCAGAGGAGAUUUUUUUUUUUUUUUGCCAGCUGUUGCAUUCCACAAAUGAAAUGACAGCAUAGUUUGCAACUUGAUAUUAAAACUUGCUGGACUUUGCCCCUCUGUCUAUAAGCUAUUGCUGUCAGUUUGUCAAGUAAUAAUUAUGGGAGAAUGGUCCAAAGCAUCUAUUACUGCUUUAGCAAGUACUAAUUGUUAUUUUGGUAAAAGGAGUAUGUAGAUAUUUAAUUUACCAUGAGCAAAGGACAGGGUCUAAUACCAAAAAGAUUAAGGAGUCAGAGGGUAUUAGACUUUUCAGUGUGAAGAAACAUUACAGCUGAGCUUAAAUAAUGAUAGAUGGUUUUUUUUGAAAUGACUAAAUCACUCUUCUUUUAACCUUAAAGGACUCUUUCUUGCAAGUAACUCAGUAGGUGUAGAUGGGAUUGAAUCAACCUGGAUUACUGGAUCCAAACAAUCUUGACUGUCAGGGCUCACUAUAAGCAAGCAGUUACCAGCUCUGAAAUCCCAACUUUGGAGGCCAACUCAAUCCUUGAAUAUUCCACAUCCUUAGCAUGAAAGGAGUGUGCAGUGCCUGGAUACAGAUGUUUUAUCUUGGGAUAUAAACAAAAGCAGAUUUCUCUAACUAGAAACAGAAGUCUCUUUUUCUCUGGUGCCAAGCAGCUACUCAAGACAACAUCAGUGCUGCCCCUUCAGAUUUGCUGUUUUCCCCUUGUCAGCAGUGGCUGCAGUCUGGAUGAGACCAACUGGGUGAUAAUUCCACCUGCUUAAUCCUGAAGCUGGGACUUGCACUCAGAUUUAUCAUUCCCAGGGACUGUGGACACUCCUGCCACUGAUUGCUUGGUUUUGGGAACUGGAAUCUCCCUGCAAACACAGCAUCAUCAAUCCUACAGGUGCUACAGGUCUGAGUCUGACACAGGCAAGGGACAGGAGGAGCCUGAAAACCUUGAGGUUUGAGGAUGAAGGCUUUUCACUUGGUUAUCUUCCACGUGGAGUAAAAAGUUGUGUCCUUCAUACCGUGUAUUAUCACUACCUUGCUCUUUUCACAUGCAAAAUUUUAGUGCUACCAAACCAAAACCAGGGAAACCUGCUGUGAGGUGUUCCAGAAGGGGGCACUCAACCUUGCCUUUUAUUUGAGAGAUCUCUCACACAGUAAAAGUGAUCUUUUGGAGGAACUGUAAUCAUUAACUUUUAAAUAACUGUCCUUAAUCAUCCUUAAAUCUCUUUUUACAUCUUUUGGUCUAGCAGAAUUUCAAGUCAGAUUAAAUAAGGACAGAUAAACCCUUGUAGCUUUUUGUUGUUUGGUUGUUUUUUCCCCUCACUGGAGAUCUAGAAAUGGCAAGAAGUCCUCCUAAUGACAAGUUUAAAAGACUGGAAUGUGAAAUUGACUGUGAAGUGGAAUUGUGUAUUCUGUAACAGAAACUAAACCUAAACUAUAAAAGAAGAGUUAACUCCUCCCCUUCAAAUUAACCUCUGUUUUGGUCAGUUUUUAAAUUAAGGUUUUAACAGCCAAGUAGUACCUACCAAAGACUGUAAGAAAGAUAUUUUGGAUUUAAACUGGGGUUUUCUGUUAGCUGUUUUGAACAUUUGAGUGGCUUAAUUUCUGGAUUAAACAUUUGGUUGGUCAGGUACCCUGCUGUCAGGCUAAUUUAUGACUUCAUAGCUUCCCCAUACUCACGUUCAGGUGUUUUAUGUGACAUUUCUGAAAACCCCAUAGUACAAUAAAGUUGAAAGUUGGGUUUGGUACCAUUGCUAGUAAACUUGCACUAAAAGCUGACAGUACUGGAGUAAUUAAUUUAUUUACCUGCACAUCUUCCAGUGAAUAAAUGGAUUCUGUACAGUUGGGAUUUUUUUCUUUGUCUGGAAAUUGUGAUAUAUGCUUACUA